CGAAUAUAGUCCCGCCUUAUAAAUUCAGCUGCAGUCGUCAUAAGCGAUCUUUCCAGCCGCAUGCCGAGGUUGAUAGCAGACCAUGUCGAGUGAGUCUUCUGAUUUCAACAGAGAUGGAGACCAUGGGGGACCAGAUGGGAUGGAGCCAGAUGGCAUCAUCGAGAGCAACUGGACUGAAAUUACAGACAACUUUGAUGACAUGAACCUGAAGGAGGCCCUGCUGAGGGGUAUCUAUGCCUAUGGCUUUGAAAAGCCAUCUGCCAUUCAGCAAAGGGCAAUUAUCCCUUGCAUCAAAGGUUACGAUGUCAUUGCCCAAGCCCAGUCAGGCACUGGUAAGACAGCCACUUUUGCCAUCUCUAUCUUGCAACAAUUGGACAUAGAGCAGAAGGAGACCCAAGCUCUGGUGUUGGCCCCUACCAGAGAACUGGCUCAGCAGAUCCAGAAGGUUAUAAUAGCGUUGGGGGACUACAUGGGAGCUACCUGCCAUGCCUGCAUUGGAGGCACCAAUGUCCGCAAUGAAAUGCAGAAGCUCCAGGCAGAGGCCCCCCACAUGGUGGUGGGAACCCCAGGGCGUGUCUUUGACAUGCUGAAUAGGAGAUACCUUUCGCCUAAAUGGAUCAAGAUGUUUGUGUUGGACGAAGCCGAUGAGAUGCUUAGUCGAGGUUUCAAGGAUCAGAUCUAUGAGAUCUUUCAGAAACUGAGUACAAACAUCCAAGUGGUUCUUCUUUCUGCUACCAUGCCAGCCGAUGUGUUGGAAGUGACAAAAAAGUUCAUGAGAGAGCCGAUUCGCAUCCUGGUGAAAAAGGAAGAGCUUACCCUGGAGGGUAUUAAACAGUUCUACAUAAAUGUUGAACGAGAGGAGUGGAAGCUCGAGACGCUGUGUGACCUGUACGAGACUCUAACCAUCACCCAGGCCGUGAUCUUUCUCAACACCAGGAGAAAAGUCGACUGGCUCACUGACAAGAUGCAUUCUAGGGACUUCACAGUGUCUGCUCUUCAUGGUGACAUGGAGCAGAAGGAGAGAGACGUCAUCAUGAGAGAGUUCAGGUCUGGGUCCAGCAGGGUCCUGAUCACCACAGAUCUGCUGGCUCGUGGAAUCGACGUGCAGCAAGUUUCCCUGGUCAUAAACUAUGACCUACCAACUAAUCGAGAGAAUUAUAUUCAUAGAAUUGGGCGCGGUGGUCGUUUUGGCAGAAAAGGAGUUGCUAUCAACUUUGUCACUGAAGAGGACAAGAGGAUUCUUCGGGACAUUGAGACCUUUUACAACACUACUAUAGAGGAGAUGCCUAUGAAUGUGGCUGACCUGAUUUGAGCCGGGAGAUCUCCUGAAUGAGGCGAUGUAAAUCGUCCAAUUGCAUCACGUUUAUAUUAUUCAAAAGUGGAAAACUUAAUGAUCUUACUUUGGAUAAUGUUCACGUACAUUAAAAGCUUGUCUUUAAUGAAGGACAGUUUGUAGGUUCUAACCUUGAUAGUUAGCUGGUCUGCACUACAAUAGCUAUGGGGUCUUUAAACAGAGUCUCUAGCAGGCAUCUCUUUCCAUGUUCAAUAGUGAUGAGUGUAUUAGAUAUACUUCACCAUUUAGUGAUUUACUUGUGGACUAAAAAGUACAAGUGCUGUAUAAAGUCUGUAAAUUAUGUUAUGCUUAUGUCUAAUAUAUAUGUAAAUGUAAGCUUUUAACAGUUUUUUAUUAUUUGUUUGCUGUUUCUGGCUUUACCGUUGUGAAGAUACUUUUGUAAAUCGUUACCCCAGUUGUAUGAAUGCCUUAAUAAAACAAAAAUUGCCCCGUCA